AUCUUCUUCAUACAUGUGAAUGAGUCAAUAGAUGCACAACACAUAUUUUUGAAAUUUCUCCUUUUCUUCCUCAAUCACGAAAAGGGACUAGCGACGGUUGAUAACUUCAGACCAUGGCGGUAACCAGCGGCGCGCCCGACCUAGUCCAUCAUCGUAUUGCUUCACCUAAGUUGAAGACAGGGCAUAUCGAGACACGAUCUUCCUGAGCCGGCGGUGGUGAGUCUCCUAUUAAGGGGUUAAAAAUGUCCAGUCCCAACAUCUUCGCCUCACUUUUUAAGUGCCAGGGUAGAGUGGGACCUGACAAAGCCGGCGACGGCGUCACCAGAACAGAGCACCCAUUGGAGUGGACGACGCACGGACCUGCUUCUCACAAGACGUGUCGUCGUCGUGGAAGGCAGACGAGAAAAGGCUAUGAGUGGUGGAGCAAAUGGUGGCCCAGCGGCUAGAGCCAUCGAAGACCAGCGCGCAGGUAGUUGACAGUGAAGAAUAAAAUAAGUAUCAGGGCAGUUCAACUUGGCCGGUGGUGAUGCGACGGUACUCAAUGGCGAUGCAACGGUAGCCGGUGGCAGCUUCGGCGGUUUGCGGCAUGGGAAGCUUCUGGAAUUGAGAUUGAUGGUCGACAGACUUAGACCACAGGGGCAAUCGGCUAAUUCGAAACUGAAUUUUUGAAUUGAAACUUGAAAUAGAGAUAGUUACACUGUUCCACUUGCCCCAGAUCGAGAUAUCCUCCCUCUCACUAUAGUAUCCCCAUUUGGGGAGUGUUUUUCUUUUUGAAAAAAAUGAUAGUUUUUUG